AUGAGUGGGAGAAGUAUUAAUAAUGAUAACUCUGGUAAUGAUUGCAAAGACAGCGUGUAUAUGAACUCAGAUUCAGAAUAUGAAUCUUCAUCGCCAAAAAAAAGUUCGUCAUCAGGAUUGAAAAAUCAUUCUAUUGCCAAUAACAAUGAAGAAGUGAAUCUUUCCAAGAGUACGCAUAGAAAUUUGCUUUUGGAACAUAAAAAUUCUACAAAAGAAGUUCCAACAUUACAAACCUUUGCAGAUGAGAAUCUCUACGAUCCGAAAAUUAUGGCUGAGAAAAGGAUCGGUACGAAUGAGCAUGCUUUUAAAGACAGCGAUUCUUCAUAUAAGGAUAAUGAUAUUGAAAGUUCUGAUUUAGAUGCCGAAAGUACAAUACUGAAGGUCACAAAUUUUAUUAAUGGUAAGCGAGAAGAGCUUGGGGAACAUGAAGAGCGACUGCAAUCCCCUUUGAUAGCGGGUAAAAAUGAUAUGUCAGGUAUGCAGACUAGUGGUUCUGAUAAGAGUGACAAUGAUCACAAGAAGUCCGGAAAAACAGAUGCAAAAAAUUGCCGAAAUCGUCUAAGGUAUACUGAGAAAUAUGCCAGUGAUACUCCUGAAGGUAGAUGGUCAAAAAACGAUUGGAUACGCUUCUAUAGUUACCUAAAGGUGUGGAAAAGAACGCGUAAGCUUUCAAUAACGGACAUCAGUAGGCUCAAGAAAGCAUUUAACUGUGAUACUUUGGAACUGGAACUAAGGAUAAAGGUUCUUAAAAGUAUUGUAGCAAAGAAAAAGAGGACAGCGUUCCAAAAACGAUUAGAUCAUAUAAUUGAAACUAGCUUCACAUGA